GGAUCUCUCUCUGACACCAUCGUUUUUGCUUCAUUGUCCAAGAUAAUCAAAGCAGAUUAUUUUCAUUGCUAAGAAUUCUUUUCGGUAAAAUGGAUGACCAGAGAGAGUUACCUGACUUUGUUCGACGGUUGCUUCGUGCCAAUAAUUCACAGGACAUGGUCAUUGGUUCUGAGCUUUGUUAUUACGGUUUCAAGUUCGAUAAUAGAAUUUCUCAAGAAUUGUAUGAGGGGCGUUUGCUUACAUCUUCUGAUCCUCGUGGGGCACCGAUAGAUGUGGUGUUUGUAAAAGUUGCUCGACGAGAAGAUGCAAAAAAAAUAUUUCAAAGGACUGCCGCAGCUAAUGAUGGUGUUGUUUUAAAGCCGUGGAAGUAUUUGUUCUCCGGACAAAAGGAGUUUCGCGACUUGCCUAAGGAUGCAGAGUUGAGGACGGGAAUCUGGACUCUAUGUUAUGAUCGUUUCGAACACAAUCUUAAAGAUUGGACGAAUAUGGUGAAGGGAAAUGUUGGUUAUUAUGAUAAGCUUAAACUGCCUAUCAAGACUAGCGAUGGUUGUCGUCUUAAGAAAUUUUGGCGUGAUUCUAUAAGGGAGUUGAUUGUUGGUGUAGGUCGCAUACAUUCUAAGGGGUUAUAUCAUGGUGGGUUGGGUUUGGAGAGUAAUUAUGUAUAUAUUGACAAAUGUCUGAAGGUAAUUAACAUUGAGGGAGAUUUGGAUGAGUAUGAAUUUGAUGAAGACCGUGAGGAGCAGAAGAAAGCAGAUAUUACGGACCUUUUAGGGAUGUUGGACAACUGGUUCGAAUCGAUACUAGCGGGGGGCAAAAGAAGUUGGUUGGAAUGUCAACACUUCUUUGAUUUUGUCAACCGUGCUAAGAGAAAGAAGAAGUUGGACUACGAUGAAUUGGUGAAAAAAGUGGUGGGUCAUCCGUUUUUGUUAAAAGCUGAUGAAAGGAUGCGUCUCUUUGAUCAUUAUGAAACUAUGAAGAGUGGUCGAACUGGUAACAAAGUCAAAUUCGCAUUGGCAAGAUCCGCUUUUGACAAUUUCAAAUCCUGGAACUCUACUUCAACCGUUAAUAGCAUGGAUACAUUUAUGUUGGGUGUUUAUAACCAUAGAAACUCCUCGGCAUCAAGAAAACAACAGAAAUACAUCCGCAUCAAAAAUAUAAAACCCCGUGUAAAUUACACUGGGGAUGUGGAGGAUCUUCUUAGGUACCUUAGGAAUCUGAAUCAUCAUUAUCAUGAACAUGGUUUGGCUGCUGGUUCUAUGGAGGAUGUGGAUCAUGGUGUUACAACACAUUUUCGUGGGUUUUUGGAGCUGCUUUACAGGCAUUUAGAACUAUAG